UACUCUGCGGUCAUCUUCUUCUUAUGAAUACCUGGGGUAUUGUCAACAGUUUUGGUGUAUUUCAGACGUACUACACCGCGCUUUUGAACCGCUCAGCUGCAGAUAUCUCUUGGAUAGGAUCUAUCCAGAUAUUCCUUUGCUUUUUUGUGGGUGGUUUAAGUGGUCGCUUUGCAGAUAGUGGCCUCUUACGCUAUGUCUUGAUAUCCGGCACAGUAAUGGUGAUCCUUGGCAUAUUCACCGCUUCAGUUUCUACUCAAUAUUGGCAUUUGAUACUUUCACAGGGAAUAUGCUGUGGACUGGGUAGUGGUUGCCUUGUUACUCCAGCAGUAUCUGUGGUUUCCACAUACUUCGAAAGAAAACGUUCACUAGCCAUUGGUAUCGCUACUUGUGGCUCUGUCACAGGAGGGCUCAUCUUCUCUGCCAUGGCAAGACAACUUAUACCCUGUGCUGGAAUUGGGUGGGCACUACGAGGUAUCGGAUUUGUACAGGUGAUCACACUGUUGUUUGUGACUGCAUUUAUGAAGACACGACUACCGCCAUGUAAAGCUGACAGGCUUGUGGAAUGGAAUACUUUCAAAGAACUUGAGUAUACAUUCUUUACAGUGGGAAUGUUUUUUAAUUUUUGGGCCGUAUUUUUCGGCUUCUACUAUCUCGCCUCAUACAGCAGCAGUAUUGUCAUUCCUCGAUUUACCUAUACCAAUUCCUUGGAUAUUCUUCUGAUACUCAAUAGCAUUGGUGUGGUUGGGCGUAUGAUAUCAACCUACUUUGCUGACAUCGUAGGACCACUAAACAUGAUGAUACCGACAUCUCUGAUAGCCGGGAUCGCAGUUUACUCAUGGAUUGCUGUACUUACCCAAGCCCAACUCUAUGCAAGGACAGUCGUGUAUGGAAUCAUUGCUGGCAGUAUGUUGAGUCUGUUCCCUGCGGGAAUAUCAAGCCUUACAAAGGAUUUAUCGAAACGUGGCACACGUACUGGGAUGAACUUUACCAUUGUCAGCUUUGCAACGCUGACAGAGGACUCGAUUGCAGGAGCAUUAAUCUCGGCCAAUGGAGGCAGUUAUAUUGGGGCUCAAGCAUUUAUGGGUAGCUGUUUUUUAGUUGGCGGGGGUUUGUUUUCGCGGCGAGACUGA